AUGGCAGCAGAGCUGACGUCCACCAAGCUUAACCCAGAGAGUCACAUCAUCCUGGACCAACCACUCCUUCGACUACCACAUGAAUUAGCCCGCAGGAAUUUUAAAACCGUACAACGAGCCGUCGAGCGAGAAAAAGAAUAUGUCAUCCCCGCACUCAAAGAGACCGCCGCCGCCUCUCUCUCCAACACCCAAACACCCGACCAGACCCUCGCUGCACUCGACGCAAUGAUAUCCAGAAUGCAAGGUCUCAAAAGGAAAAUGGAAAGUCUGCAGGAGGAAGAGAAGAAAAUUCACAACCAAUCUCGCAAACGCAUUCAGCACUUGGAGACCCUGCACAAGAUCCCGAGUCUAGCCGAUGUGAAGUACGACCAGUGGUCAAGGGGGGUGGAGGAUCUUGUGGAUCUCGAUGUAUUCACGCAGUGUCAACGGGUUGUGGAUAGCCUGCGGCGCGGGGAAACCAAGGAGGCAUUGCAGUGGUGCGGAGAGAAUAAGGCUGCGCUGAAGAAGAGCCAGCAUAAUCUUGAAUUUGAACUCAGGUUGCAGCAAUAUAUCGAGAUGGUCAGGACACAAGACAAGUCCAAGAAGGUUGAGGCAAUAAUUCAUGCGAAGAAAUACCUCAUACCGAACCACCAAUCUCAGAAUUCUGAGAUUAUGCGCGCUGCAGGAUUACUGGUUUUCACGCAGGACACAAGAGCCGAGCCUUACAAAUCUCUCUUUGCGCUGGAACGCUGGAGGUUUCUCGCGAAACUUUUCAUUGAGACUCACCAUGAACUGCUUUCAUUGCCGUCACAACCAUUAUUACAUAUUGCACUUUCCGCAGGACUUUCAGCUCUUAAAACACCUCUGUGCCAUUCAGCAUAUACAUCGUCCAGUUCAAACUCACAGUCAACAUCGACAUCUGUGUGUCCUAUCUGCUCAACUGAACUGAACGAGCUUGCACGCAAAAUGCCGUACGCCCACCACUCAAAGAGUUAUGUAGAAAGCGACCCGAUUGUUCUACCCAAUGGCCGAGUCUACGGGAAGCAAAGGCUGGUAGAGAUUAGCCGGAAGAUGGGAUCAGUGGAAUCAGGCAAUGUCAAAGAUCCAACAACAGGAGAGGUUUUCCACGAGGGCGAGAUGAAGAAAGUGUACAUUAUGUGA